GUCACGUGGUUCCUUUAGCUUCUUUUCUACACAAACACACACAGAUCGGCUACAGCUCCUAACACACUCACAGCUGUUGAUACAUAUCUGCACAACACAGCGGAGCUCACUUGAUUCUGGGAAUCUCAGUCUGCUGGCGGCACCUCUCCCUUAAAAGGAGCUAAUACAUGUAAAACACCUGGACGGACUAGUUUUGUGACUUUCCCUUCUCUUUCCUGCUCCCUCUUUUUCCUGGGUUCUUUCUGUUCUGGUAUCCAACCAUCAAUAGAACAGAAGAGACAUGUGUUUUGCUAUGGACGCCUACUACUACUGCCUGCUGUCUCCCAUUCACUGAGGAGGAAGUAAUCUGAAUACGGUGAUCUACAGAAAAGCAGCCAUAGACUACAUCAGGCUGAAGCCAGUAUGAGCACAAACAGUCACCAGGAGGUGGUCACGACCCCUCCUCCCGCCUCAGGCACCAAGGAGCGCUACUUCGACCGCAUUGAUGUGAAUGACCCUGAGUACAUCAGAGCCAGGAACAUGUCUCCAGACCUACGGCAAGACUUCAACAUCUUGGAGCAGAAGAAACGCGUGACACAGAUCCUGCAGAGCCCUGCAUUCAAAGAGGAGCUGGAGAGCCUGAUCACGGAGCAGCAGAGGAAAGGCAGUGUCCCGUCUGGGCUGCUGGCUCUCAGACAGAUCGCAGACUUCUUCAUGACCAGCUCUGUGGCUGGGUUCAACACCUCCCCUCUCAGUCUGGGAAUGGUGACACCCAUCAAUGACUUGUACGGAGCGGACUUGUCUGCGAUGGUGAAGGGGGAGAAGCAAAUGCGCUGCAAACUGGCCAGUGUCUACAGACUGGUGGACCUGUUCAGUUGGGCACACCUCGCCAGCUCCUACAUCACAGCUCGUGUCAGCAAAGAGCAGGACCACAUCCUCAUCAUACCAAGAGGGCUUUCCUUUGCCGAAGCUGCUGCGUCAAAUCUGGUUAAAGUGAACAUCAUUGGCAAUGUAAUCGAACAGGGAUCCAGCAACUUAAGGAUCGAUCGGUCGGGAUUCAGCCCACACGCCGCCAUUUAUUCCAUGAGACCAGAUAUCCGCUGUGUUGUGCAUGUGCACAGUCCUGCCACUGCCGCUGUGUCAUCCAUGAAGUGUGGGCUCCUGCCAAUUUCCCAGGAAUCUUUGAUUCUGGGAGACAUUGCAUACUACAACUACCACGGCAGCAUUGAUGAGCAGGAGGAGCGCGUAGAGCUUCAGAAAGCCCUGGGGCCAACAACAAAGGUGCUGGUGCUGAGAAAUCAUGGAGUCCUUACUCUGGGAGAGACUAUCGAAGAGGCCUUUUUUUACAUGUACCAAGCUCAGUACGCCUGUGAAAUCCAGGUCAAGGCAAUUUCUUGUGCUGGAAGUGUUGACAACCUAAUAGUGCUGGACCAGGAGGCAUACAAAAGUCGAGUUCAUGAUGUGGAAAUAAAUGAUGUUAACCACAGCGGCCUCCACAAGUGGAGGGAGGGAGAGCUGGAGUUUGAGUCUCUCAUGAGGAUGCUUGACAACAUGGGUUACAGGACAGGGUAUGCCUAUCGCCAGCCCAUUAUACGGGACAAGCCAAGGCACAAGAGCGAAGUGGAGAUCCCGGCCACAGUCACGUCCUUCAUGUUCGAGGAGGAUGGAGACAUGGCCACCAGACUCCCCUUCAAGUUCCUCCAGCAGCGACAGCAGAGAGAGAAGACACGCUGGCUUAACUCUCCCAACAGUUACAUGAAAGUCAAUGUGGAAAACAAUGAAGACCGCUACAACAGCCGGACAACCACGUGGAUGAAGGCAGAUGAGGUGGGCACACCAAUCAGAAUUGAAGAUCCCAAUCAGUUUGUCCCACUAAACACAGACCCCAGUGAAGUGCUUGAAAAGAGAAACAAAAUACGGGAGCAGAAUAGAUAUGACAUGAAGUCAUCUGGGCCCGUCUCUCAGCACCUCGCAGGAAUCCCAGUGGACCCUCCGCGCAAGCCGUACGUACCCACAGAGGAGGACCAGAUGGCGCCCCUGCCUCCCAACCCUUUCAGUGAACUGUCGGAGAAAGAACUGGAAGAGUACCGCAAGAAUGUGGAGAGGAGACAACUGGGCCUUAGCGAUGGCGAGCACGAGCUAACCUCUGACGAUGGCUCUACUCUGUCUCAGUCUCUGUCUGUAACCCAGUCCGCACAAAGCACUCCGGCCAAAGAAGACAACCACACGGGCCUCAUGAACGGCAAAGACCACCACAGCCUGGACGAGGAGCUGUCAAACCGCGUGAGCCAGCUGACCACCAGUGUGGAGAGCGUGGAGAUCCUGGUGCGUCCCGGUGAGAAGAUCGAAGAAGUGUUGUCCCAGGAGAGCUCGCCCUCCAAGUCGCCCAACACCAAGAAGAAGAAGAAGUUCCGCACCCCGUCCUUCCUCAAGAAAAACAAGAAGAAAGAGAAGACGGAGGCGUGAGAGCAGAUCCCGAGCAAGUGUCGCCUUUUCUGUUAAUGUCUGUCAUUUUGUCUCUGCUUUUAUCGUUUUGUUUUUAAUGUUAUUUGACUUUUUUAACAAAAAGAUUUUAUGUGCAAAAAAGAAAGGAUUACAUACAAAUAUGUUUAUGUUACGACUUGUCCUAAAGACUUUGGGAAAUGAUCUGGUGGGGUCACAUAAGUUGCAGAAGAUGUUGUGCAACUCAGUGGGUGUUGGAUAUCGCUCACCUGAUUACUUAUGCAGUACUCCAAUAGGGCUCAUUGUAUAAAGCCAAAAAGUGUCACUUGAGGCCAUUUAAAUCCUGAAUAACAUGUUCUUCAUAGGCUGAAACCCCAUCUCGAAAACACUUUGGAAAAUGACUGCACAACUGCAACAAAAUCUCCCUUAUUUUUGUAUUAUUUUGUUGAAAAUGAAAUCUACAUUUAAAUAGUCACACUGGAAACUGCUUUAACAAAACUAUAGCCACAGGGUCAUAUAGUAGUAAAAUAGUCUCUGCUUUAUUGUCAGAGAUUUUAAGCUUCUAUUAGCAUUUACAAACAUCUCUAUCAUUUGUGUAGCAUUGCAUUUGUCUCAUCUCUUCAUCUCAAUGUUUUGUUUUUGCCAAACAAACUGAAACAAAAAAACAAAACAAUCUCGUUGUGCUGUCUCUGCCUUUGUUUGAAAAUGAAUUUAAUUUCUAUUGAUUGAAAUUUCUGUAUUAGUCAUCUCCAUUUGUAUAUUACAUUUGUUAAGCAUCUCUGUUUCCAAGAAAGGAAUGGCUGACUAUUUUUUGCUAGCAUCAUGUACACAGAGCUACUAUAUAACACAGAAAUAUAAAACUGGAUAUUUUUGGCUAUAAAUUUUAACUAUAUUAUAUUUUUUAUUGUGCUGCACUUUUCUUGUGGUAGAUGACAUUAACAUUUUAGCUACAGGUAUUUUCAUCAGUGAAGGAGAUGUGAAGUGAUUGGUUGUGCAAGCAUGUAAGGCAUAGUAAUAGUUAACUCAUCAGGGGGCAGGAAGUUGGAUUUAGAAGUCACAUGCAUGAUUUUUUUUCUCGGUAAAGUCCAAAUACAGUCACUUGUUAAAAUGGGUCGAUAAUAUUGAAGCCUUUCGUUUGUUGUGAGUUUAUUUUAAAGCCAUAUUGUAGUUUUACUCCUUUACUUUGAUAAUAAGACAAAGGUUAAGUUUCUUCCUGCUUUGGUGUCAAAUACUACCCCAGGGACUGCAUAGACACAUCUCAGGCUUCCAACAAAUAUACAAAUUCUAUGAUAUUUUAAAUUGCCUUGUAUUUUUGAUAACGCACACUGAUUAGGCGUACUAUAAUGACCACUAAUGGGAAAGGAUAAUAACAGAUUAUCUCUUCAUUAAGGCUGUACAUCUGCUUAUAAGUGGACUAUGGAGCUGGGUAGAAGCCUUUUCAAAACUGUGGCUCAUGCGAGGUGUUUUUUGCCUGGAGUUGUCAUGAUCUGUUAGGGCUGCACAAUUAGAAAAAAAUCUAAUAGCAAUGUAUGUUUAAAAAGAAGGAUUUUGUUCGGAAUGGAUAUUGUAAUCAGCGCAUUAAAUUAGGAGACUGAAUUAAAACUGAAACAUGAACUGCUAAACUAUAAUACAAGACAAUACAAGAAACACAUAGAAGUCUAAACUAAAGGUACUACAAGAUUUUUGAAUAAAUGCAUAGGAGGAUAUUGGCGAUUUGAUAAUUUCGUCAACUGCAAUUGCGGUUUUGAUUUGAUUUUGAUAUAUUGUGCAGCCCUAAAAUCUACUAUUGAAAGUCCAUGGUUUACUGUAACUUAAAUAGCAGAAAUUAAGCUGGUUCUUGUCAGUGUAAUAGGCUCUGUGCACAAAUCAACCCAACAAUCACAGUGUUAACGUCACUACUUCCUUUCCAGUUGUACAGUAUCUAUGGGUUUUGCCCUAAGUCUUGCUAAAAUUAAUAAAUAUUUAAAGAUUAGGCAUUGGACAGCAACAAGAUGUUAAAAAACACACAAUACAAACAAAUUCUUCACUAGAGAACGCUUCUGUAGCAACAUGUAGCAUCUCUUAGAAAGUUAGCUGUUUGUGUCUCAAUGCUAAUGCUAACUUGUCUUAUUAACUCAUAAAUAUUAGAACAACACCACAAAUGGAAGUAUUCAUAUAAAAAUAAUUGUGUACCCCUUUUUUGAAUUAAUUUAAAUUGUAAUAGAUUGUUUAAUUAAUAUUUUAUGAUUUUAAUAAACGUGGCAGUUAGCCUUGAGGCACCGUAGUUAGCGUGCUACUGUGCACAGAGCCUGUUGUAAUUAAUUGUGUAUAAGGGUACUGCCUAUUAAUGUAGGGUGACCAGACAUCCCUUUUUACCCGGGACGAUCCCAGUUAUGAGCCCUGUGUCCUCUGUCUCAGCAGAUUUAUCCAAAACCAGUGAUUUGUCCCAGUUUUAUACAAGACAUGUCCCAGCCAGGUGUCCCUAUUUUUCACCAAUCUGAUUCCUGCCAACAGCAAAGAGACGCAUAUUAUGUCAUUUGUUUAGGUUAAAUAUAGAAAAGCUGCUUAAAAAUGACCAAAACACAAAGAAAAUGUGACUAAACUGACUCACAUUAGUGCAGAGUGCUUAACAGUUUUCCUUUAUUAUGCACUUGUUUCAUAAUUUUAUUAUUACCAACCAAUCCAAACCAGGGAUGUCCCAGUUUUUUAUUUUGAAAAUCUGGUCACCUUAUAUUAGUGGGGUUGUGAUAAUAACAUGAAACUAAAACUACCCAUAUCAUGCACAUGUCCACAAUAUUGGGCGUAUGUAAGCUACAAUGCAAUGGUCAGUAGUGGCCUCCCGCUGGGCAGUUAAUACACGAUCAUUGGUGUAACAGUCCAGUGACCCACAGCUGAACUCUGUAAACCAAAGUGUGAUGGGUUGCCACAUCUCCCCCUUAGCAACCCCUACAGUGCAACCAGAUGUACCAAUAUCCCAGCAAGCAAUGUGAACUAUUGGAUUUGGAGGAAGGAAGGGAGGGAGGGGCAGUUGGUCCCUGAACUAAAACAAGGGUAAAUGAGCUUAAGUGUACGAACAGACUGACCUAGCAGCACACCAUGUUAAUUCUGUUUUCUUUCAAAGUUUCUGUCAUUGUCAUCUCAUUUGUUUCAUUUUUCUUAGUUUGGAGAAAGCAAGCUCUUUUAUUGACUAUUUGAUUUGAGCUGAAAACGCUCCCUUAUGAAUUGAAUGUGCAUACUCCAUUGUAAUUUUUCUCUUCAGUUUCUUGCCAUUUGCACUGUGCUUUUACUAAUGCCUCCUUCCGUGUUUUUGCUUUGGGAUGCCAGAUUGAGCCAAGCUUCAUUGUGACCUGUGAAAAUCCUAUAUAAAUGGUUAAUCUAAUGGAGUUGCUUUAGUUGUAUUGCUAAUCAGUGUAAAUUCAUAAAUAAAUCAGUAUUUUAAGAAACUA